CCCCCCACCCCCUCGCCGCCGCCUAUGCAUACUAGCCUUCCUCCUCCUUAGCCCAUCAUUCAUCCAUCCCCGAGUGUCUCUCAGCUCCUCGGCUCGUCAUAGGCUCAUCACUAGUGGAUAGGCGCCUUGGUCGAGUCGGGUGAGGGGCAGGCAGGAUGCAGGACCUGUUCUCGGUGCCCUCCUGCUUCUCGUCGGGCGAGAAGCAGCUGCCGGACGCGCCGGCGUCGGCGGCGCCGGCGACCAGGUCGGGGCAGAGCGCGGUGACGCUGGUGUACCGCGCGGUGAUCUCCGGGCAGAGCCGGCUGGUCACCGUCACGUGGUGCAGGAACCUGCUGGCCCACGGCAUGCAGGUGUCCAUCGAGGGGUCGGCCGGCGGCGGCAGGGAGCACGGCAGCGGCGGCGGCAUCGAGGGCGGCGCCAAUAAGAGCUGCAGCGCGUGCAAGGUGGAGAUGCAGCCGUGGCACUUCUGGCGCAAGUACGGGGCCAAGCAGUUCCAGGUGGACGGCCGGGCGGUGGACGUGGUGUGGGACCUGCGGGCGGCGCGGUUCUCCGACGAGCCGGAGCCGGUGUCGGACUACUACGUGGCGGUGGUCUCCGGCGAGGAGGUGGUGCUCCUGCUCGGCAACCAGAACAAGGAGGCGUUCCGGCGGACGGGGGCCCGGCCGUCGCUGUCGCUGGGGGACGCGGCCAUGGUGUGCAAGAAGGAGCACGUGUUCAGCAAGAAGCGGUUCCUGACCCGGGCGAGGUUCCACGAGAAGGGGAAGCUGCACGACAUCAGCAUCGAGUGCAGCAGCGGCAACCUCGGCGGCGGCGGCGGCGGCACGGACGUGGACAUGGCCAUCAAGAUCGACGGCUGCGUCAACGUGCUCGUCAAGCACCUCCAGUGGAAGUUCAGGGGCAACGACUGCAUCUCCAUCAACAAGAUGAAGGUGCAGGUCUACUGGGACGCCCACGACUGGCUCUUCGGCACCGGCAUGCGCCAGGCCCUCUUCAUCUUCAAGCCCCAGCCCCCCUCGCCCGACUCCGACGCCGCCCUCGCCGACGAGUUCUCCGAUUUCUGCCUCUUCCUCUACGCAUGGAAGAUCGAAUGAGCUAGACUUAGCUAGCUAGACACCCUGCCUACAUUCGUUUGUUACUGCCGCCACAUUACAGAGCGGCUGAUGAUGGACAUUUCACCAUGUUACGAGCAACAUACUUCUACCAUGUAAUGUAAGUAUGUAACGAUGUGUGAGUGUAAGAGGGGGAGUGAAUGUGUGUCUGAUUGAGGUUGAGGCUGAGGCCAUGCCAUUCUCUUCUGUUCCA